ACUGUUUGAUCACUAUCAGUUUGGAUGCGAGAAAAUGUAGAAUUAUGGACCUAGAAAAUUUUGUAUUUCGUGGUAAUUGCUGUAACUGAAGCAGCUAAGAGCAGUUUCCACUUCCUCCACCCUCCUUUGAGUAAGGAAGAUAGGAAAGGAAGUGCAUCCAGCUCAUAGUAGGUGCCACUUCCUCAUGUAUUUACCCUUCAUAGUGGAUUAGGUACAUUUUGGUUUCCAACCAGGUCCUUUCUGGCAAACUAAUGGCUAGUUCUGUUCUUAAAUUUUUAUUUUGAGGCAAGCAAUUUAUGGAUCACGGCGUCAUAAGCAAUGGUUAAGGUAUUCUUUAUUAUCUCUAAUUAGAUUUCCAGAAGAGCUUUAGUUUGAUCUCUAAAAAGGCAGAGCCCAGCCACAACCACAAUUCCAUUCUUGUUUUGGAUUUCUUUUUUGAAUUAAGUUCUUAUUAAAUUAUACUUUUAAUGGUGCCUAGAUAAUCAUACUUUUGCAAAUGCAAGACCACAAUCAUUUGGUCAUCCAGCAAAGCGAAUAUGCUCAGCUUCACUUCAUUGUUAUGUUAUAUUAACAUUUCACGUUUCUUAAACUCUACCUGUGGAAAAUUUGAGACUUUAUAGCUGGAAAAUGUGUUCUAGACACUUUGCAUAGCUGACCUGUUAAAGGAAUAUAGAAUCAGUGUUUUAGUAUUUCAGCAGUGACACCAACGGUUUCUUCCUUGUUAACAUUCUCUAGCAAAUGGAUGUGUUAUUUCCUGAGAACCAGUGUGGCUACAUCUAUUAACACCCACUACUGUUGAAGUUUAUAAAAUAUGAUUUGCUAUAGCAUUAUAAACGUUUGGUUCAGAGCAUACUUGCUUUGAUCUUUAAAUGUGCUACAUUGAAAGUCCAGAUAUCAAUUUAAUGUUCAAACAAUCAGACUGAUAGCAUCGGGAGCAACAUUUUUUGUAAUCUAGUAGUGGUGUGCAACUGCCUUGCUGUCCACAUCCAUGUUUGUAUCAUGGAACAGGAAUUUUAACAGAUUAAUUGCCCUCUGUUAUUAGGGAUGGUCAAGUGUAUUGUGCAUCCCACUACUUAUUGAGCUGGCAUGGACCACUAUUAUUGACAAUUUAUUUUUGGUUUAUUGGUUUAGUGAUCCCUCAAUGCAUAUUGAGGAACUACGUCCAUUAUGAUGCUGUCAGCAAAUACCACUACUUUUGCCUAGCUUGUUCCCAUGAUAUGUUGGUACUAUGUCCACUCAUCUGGCUGUCAGCUGAGUUUUCUCUUGUGUGUAGAGGUUCUUACAUGCAUUGUUCAAUGUCCUUAUUGCAUCCACUUUGAAGACAACAGCUGGUUAGCUUAUUCUUGAGGGAAGUGGGUUUCAUUGCUGAUAGAAUACCUUAUGGCUGACAAUGUGUAUAGUGCAUAUCAAAUUUAUUCGGCCACGUUCUGCAGCAACAAAGCACAGGAAUGGAUAUAAGGUACUAUUCUAUGUAUGGACAUGUAGAGAAACUGGCAGAAGAGAUCAAGAAGGGGGCUGCAUCUGUUGAAGGUGUUGAAGCCAAAUUAUGGCAGGUUCCUGAGACCCUGCCAGACGAAGUGCUUGGAAAGAUGAGUGCACCACCAAAGAGUGAUGUCCCAAUCAUCACACCCAAUGAACUUGCUGAGGCUGAUGGAUUUGUUUUUGGCUUCCCAACAAGAUUUGGAAUGAUGGCUGCCCAAUUUAAAGCAUUCCUGGAUGCAACUGGUGGUUUAUGGAGAGCACAGCAACUUGCUGGCAAACCUGCUGGAAUCUUCUAUAGCACUGGUUCUCAAGGUGGUGGACAAGAGACUACAGCGUUGACUGCUAUCACUCAGCUUGUUCACCACGGAAUGAUAUUUGUUCCUAUUGGUUAUACAUUCGGUGCUGGCAUGUUUGAAAUGGAAAAAGUGAAAGGUGGAAGUCCUUAUGGUGCAGGAACUUAUGCAGGGGACGGGUCGAGACAGCCUUCUGAGCUGGAGUUGGAGCAGGCUUUUCACCAAGGCAAGUACAUAGCUACCAUCACAAAGAAGCUCAAGGGAGCUGCUUAAUUUCAUUUCAUCACACAAGUACAUUUCAGUCUUACAGUUUUCCACCCCAUAUAUUUUGUGCUCUUCAACAAUAAUUUUUGCUUUGUUUGUUAUAUGCAUCCUAUGCGUGUUACAUAAUAGUUUUUUUUUUCCCUCAAAAAUGAUACAGGCUGUUUACUCUUUAUCUGUACCAUUUUCUCUCCACUUUGUUGGAUCACUAAGACACUUCUCUACAUUUUCGCAAUUUGUGGUUCUGUACCAAUUUUAACUUUCUGCAAUGGACAAGAACUAUAUGAUAAUGAAAUGAGUAUUUGAUGGGCA